CCCAGCUAGGUUUACAACAUCUUUUAAGUUGCAGAAAUUCAUGCUCUUGAUGUUCAAAUCAUUUUGCAGCAAUGGACAUUCCAGCUGGUGACGGUCUGAAGUGGUUUGGUGAAGGGUUUGACGGGUUUCCAAAACGCUUACCUGACGACACAGUCGAGUACACGAUCUAUAUUGUUGAUGCGAAUCUUAAUGAUUCGCGGAUGAGAUCUGGUCUCAACGACAUAUUGAAGACUGCGAAUGACCUGAGUAAAAAACUACUCAAAGAUUACAUCUGGCAACGCGAGCCCUUUUCGCUCGAACUCAAGCGCGAACAUAAUCGUUGGUAUCUCUUCGGACGAACCAACUUCGGUGACUCUAUAGCGGACGAGUGGGUGAUCGUGUUUAUGCUUCGCGAGUUGAGCAAGCAAUUCGCCAAAGCCUGGAUCCGAGUGAUCGACUCAGAUGGAGAAUUCUUGCUCAUAGAGGCCGCGAAUGCGCUGCCCAAAUGGCUGAAUCCGGAGAUAGCGGACCAUCGAGUGUGGAUUAACAAUGGUCAACUUCGAAUCAUUCCGUUGAAUAAGGAUGAAGAUUCGUCAAAGAAUCUGUCGUUGCAGCAGGCACUCGAUAGGGUCUCGUCAGACCCAUCGUCGCUGAUUCAUUCCCCUCUGAUCGAAGAAGAGGCAUUUUAUAGACUACAAAGAUACCCGGAGGCCAUUCAUGACUCGGUACAUUGCGCACUCGUCACCGUGCCACGAAAGCUUGCCUUUGUACUGCACGCAAAAGAUUCGCUAACCAGCCCGGCCGUGGAGGCGUUCUACUUGCGCGAUCCUAUCUCCCUUCGUUCGCUGAAUAAGUCCUCAACGUCUGAUUUAGUAUUUGCACCCAAAGACUUUGUGAAGCUUUCCGUGAGGUUCAACAAAGCGUCAUAUGCACAGCUUAAGUCGCAGGAAUUCGAACCGCCAAAGUCUUGGGAGAAUGCUCCGUUCCCUCCUUCAACUGACCCGAAGGAUGUUGUGCGCCGACAGCUCGGUCUGAAAUUGACCUGCGGCUUCGAGAUGCUGAUCCAAGAUCCGCAGUAUAAAGAUAGAAAGUGCGUGCGUGAGAUAAAAUUGCUGCUUGAAGAUCUCGAUGCUGGAGAUGACACCAUGCCAACCGACACAGAAAUCAGCCGCUGGCCGCAGCACGAAGACAGCGACGCGUGGAUGGACAUCAAUUUUCAAGAUUUUGAACGAGAAUUGUCCGGAAGGCGCAGCACUGGGGACCAGGGCUCAGCAGCGAACGACAAUGCUAAGGCCUCAAGUGGUUUUGGCGACAAAGCCGCGCAGGAGAAUCUGCGCCGCAUGGCCGAGCGAUUCGAAAAAUGGAUGAAUGACGCCAAUGCCGGGCCUGAAGGCGCCGAAAUUGAACUCGACGACAUGGAUUUUGACGACGACGAAGAUGACGAUGACGGCGAUUCGGCCACGUCAGAUUCUGACGAGGAGGAUCGUGCGGUCAGCUUCGACGAGGACGAGUUUCGUAAGAUGAUGCGACAAAUGAUGGGCAUGCCUGAUGAUAGACCAACAUCAAACAUACGGGAAAGCGAUGUGAGCGAGCUUGCGGACCACGAGAGUAAUCUGUCCGAAGAUGAAGAAAUAAGGCUACUGAGCGAGGGAAUGCGAGCUGAACUCAGUGCCACAGGAGUCCUUGAUCUGAAUCCGACGCCAGCUACGACGAAAGCUGUAGCUGAGAACGAUCGCAAGGGGAAGGGAAAGGGAAAGAUGGAGGACGAUUCGGCCAUUGGGCCCGAGAAGAACAAGGGUUUGCGAGCUUAUGAUAAUGAUUAUGGCAAUGAUCAUGAUAGUGAUGGCGACGAUUUUGAGGAGCGCGACGUCAAAAUUGACUACAACCUCGCCUACAAUAUCCUUGAAGCAUUCAAAGGCCAAACGGGUAUGGCUGGUCCCGCCGGGAAUAUGAUGAGCAUGCUGAGUAUUGCCAUGCCACGCGACGAGUCGAAUCAGGAAGAGAAAAAGUGAUUUUCGCAAGAACGGCAAGGCCAGUCGCGAUUGUGGCUAGACUAUGUACAUCUGCGUUCUUCCGGUC